UAGAAAUAUUCGAUAAUUCAGUAGCGUGACUGUUAUUUUGCAGUAUUUCUAAUUAAAAUAACGUUAUUUACAACUUGUCAUUGUAAAUAACAUUAUUAUAGCGUGUUGUAAGUUCAAAGUAUCAGUCGCUAGUAAUCACCAGGGCAGUCAUGUUAAUUUAUAGUCUUGUUUGCAUUAGCAUCUUAAAUCUUAAAUCAUAUAAACAAUAUUGACGAAUUUGUGUCGGACGUUUAAAUUUGACGAACGCGAAGUUAAAUAGAUUGACUGGCUGUUUAAGCAAAUAGGGGAGAAAUAUGCGCUUGGCUCGGCCCUGAGAACUACGUUGCUUGAGUGAGUGCUGAGUCACAUAUCGUGAACAAUCUCUCCCAGCAAGGUGUGCUAGUCGUCCUCCGUGAAAUGCAUUCUACUGCAUUAGUAUAACGUUAUCGUCGCCAAAACUAUAACACCAUGGAAGCAAGAUGAUUUAGCAGAGGAAGCUUUUGGCGCAUGUCGCGGGCCUCGAAUUGCUACCAGUAAUAAAUUUGAAGCAGUUCGGAACCCGGUAUCGCCCUUGUGAAACUGUCAGUUUCUACCAGUAGACUUGGAGGUUUUGCUUUGUAUAGUAUCUGGCGUACUGUGACAGUGUUAAAGAAGUGUUGCCGCUAAACCGAAGGAAUACCAUUUUGUAUUGUCAAAUGAAAUCCGAGGCAUGCGUAGGAUGUACGCGACGUACACUGAAUGUUUGACGUGGCUAGUGUGUGUUUUGAGGUUAUUUCUGUAUUCGUGUAACUGACCUAUACUUGUUUAAAGAGAACUCCAAAUCUUUAUUUUCAUUCCGAUGGUCUGUCGAAUAAGUUGCUCGAACGAGAACACUUUCGACGAUCGUAUUUCUUAACGUUUCUCGAGACGCUCUCGGUCACAUUAAACAAAGGGAACGUCGGUUUAAACAGUGAAGUUCAAUUUCAACAACAAUUAAAAGCAUCGUUUCGCAUUGUUCGUCGUUUAAAAAAUUAUUACGUGUAAUCGUGUGUACAAUUCGGACGUUAAAAUAUAAACAGUUGUGUAUAAACGUUUGACAUUUAAUCUGAAAGUGAUAACCAAAGUUCAACAUGAGCCACUAUACAUUCAUGACGACUUAUUUAGCCUUUGUGUUCAAUAUAACUGCCAGGCCGCUGUGACAAUAAGUUACAUCCCUGAGGUUGAAAUAAGUUUAACGAUAACAGGUGAUUGGAUUUAAACAAAAAAAAAAAAAGCACGAUGUUGUGUCUAAAGAAAUUGUACCGCGAGGAACUCUUGCAGUUUGCGCUGUUGCUUUCUUUGUUACGGGUGGAUCCAGAGUCUUACCUUGGUUUGGAUAUUCAAACCAUCGGUGUAGGAUCUUUGGAUUUAAACAAUGGGUCCGGAUGGCACAACGAUGCUCGCACGAUUAUUCAUCGUCCUAUGUUCGUGCACCCAAAGAAUCUGGACACGGUACUACUAAACUAUGAGAGAGAUUUAUUCGAAGACUUAAAUUCCUUAGGAAGAUACAACAGAUUGAAUUCUGGAUUAAACAAUAUCCAUGCAUAUUUGUUAAAUGUCGAAGAAUCAACGAGAGAUACUGCUGUAGCAGGGCCUAGUAUUUCAAGACAUCCGGCUAGAAAUAUCACGUCGCCUGAUCCGCUAAAUGCUUCCCAAAGUCCUGACGAACCGGCUAAUACUGCGGAACUUACCCAAGAGGAUAUGGAUCUGAUCGAGGUGCUAUGGAAACAAGAUGUGGAUCUCGGAUUCACGUUGGUCGAGCCAACAACCACGGAGAAAAAACCGUACACGUCAGACAAGGGAAACGAGGACGACAUCGAGAAACUAAAAACUCUAGAAGCCAUCAACGCGACCAAUGAGAAGAAGGAUGCAAAAGAGUUCGAAGCGCAAGAAGAUGACCCUUGGGCAGGCCUUCCAUACACCGUGGAUCUCGAAACUGGUGAAUACAUACUCAGCUCUGGCAAUCAAGAAGGAACCGGAAGCAACUCGGCCGAGGAGGACAAUCAGCUGCUCAGGAACGCGUCACUGGACUUAGACAAUCCGUUGGCCGGAUUAACCGAUGAUUCUUUGGGAUUAACCAACACCUUAGAGCUCGAAAAUGAUUUCCCUUCGGACUUACUCGGAGGUGGUCUCUUAGGAAGCGCUAACGUCGAAGGUUUCCUCAACAACAAUACUCUAGGUCUUCCCGACGGAUUCAAUCUCGAAGAGGCGCUACAACUCGUUGGCCUCGAUGAGGCUCAAACAGAGGAAACGAAGCCGGAAGUGAAGAAAAAGAAAAAGGACAGUGAAGAGGAAUCCGCGAGUGCAAAGGACGAAACGGCCAUUACCACCUCGAACAACAUCGAGGUCGAGAAGUUAUCCAGGUGCGAAGAUUCUGAGACAGGCGACAUGAUUCACACACCGCAAUUUCAUCAUCCCCAUCAUCCGCACCAUCGUUCCUUUCAGGGUCGCAUGCCAUUUGUGCGUGCAAUGAGCAUGGAGCAACGGUGGCAGGAUUUGGCAUCUCUUUUAUCCCUACCUGGUGCACCAGACCACUUCGCGCAUCCCGCGCAUCCAGGAUACCCAGGGCACGGUAUAAGCCACAGCCAUUACGAAGCACAACGUAACGUUUUGCUUCAUAAUGCUACCCUAGCACCACCAGUGGGCGAUCUUAAUUCGACGAGUCCCUAUCACAAUGCAGGUGGAUCGUCGAACCUGGGUUCAGCCGUGGCAACAUCGAUGAAUUUAACAAACAGCAGCGAACCGAUUGGAACAGAAAGUGGAGCUGCUUAUAAAUCCGAACCGACCGACAUGAUGUACUAUCAUACACCAACUUCCGAUCAGAUCAAUCAAACUACCGAUGGUUUCCUUUCAUCCCUUCUAAACGACGAGGAUCUGCAUUUGAUGGAUAUGGCCAUGAACGACGGUAUUUACACUAUGCGCAUGCUGGAUAAUGGUAGCAACAAUGCUUCGGGUCCAACGGGAGCAACGGCCUUGUCAGCAGUUCAGACAGGUGGUGGUACCGCUUCUUCGGCAACAGGUCUUACGACACUUCCGGGUGUAACAGACGAAAGGAUGGAUGCAUCCAGCGAUAGUGCUGUCAGCAGCAUGGGCAGUGAACGGGUACCAUCCAUUUCCGAUGGCGAAUGGAUGGAAACUGGAUCUAACUCUAGCCAUACACAAGCCGAUUCUCAUUACACCAUGGAUUAUGCUAGCAAGUAUCGUAUGUCGUACGACUGCAGUUAUUCCGUUUCCGGCAGAAACGGUGGUUCCCCGAGAUGCCAAACGGAACGCACCAUGCCACCGGUGGCACAAAAAAAGCAUCAAAUGUUCGCGAAACGAUAUUUCCAGGAACAAGAAACAGGCUCGCCUCUGGGUGCUACAGCACAUCCAACCACACCGAUCAAAUACGAAUACGAUUCGCAUACGGUUGGUGCUGGGGCACCAGGAAACGCUUACACGGGGCCAAUCGAGGGUGCAGCUGGACCGCAACCCGAAAUGAAGUACACCUGCAGCGUAGAUUUUACUCGUCAUCAAACAGGACGUUCCGCUAUAGAACACGUUCACCAUAAUCAUACGUAUCAUUUACCCGCGGAGAGUUCCGGAUCCCUUCAACGUCCAGUUUCUCGUGACAAAAAAGUACGUAAAAGUGAGAACGAUGAGCAUCUGACCAGAGACGAGAAAAGAGCCCGAGCAUUGAACGUGCCCAUUCCAGUGAACGAUAUUAUUAAUCUACCUAUGGACGAAUUUAACGAACGUCUUAGUAAAUACGAUCUCAGCGAAGCUCAAUUAUCCCUGAUACGCGACAUCCGAAGACGAGGCAAGAACAAAGUCGCUGCUCAAAAUUGUCGAAAACGCAAACUAGACCAAAUUAUCAGCCUCGCUGAUGAAGUGAAAGAGAUGAGAGACCGUAAGAUAAGACUUAUACGAGAACACGAAUUCAUGCUUCUCGAGAGGCAACGCGUCAAAGACAAAUUUAGUCAACUUUACCGUCAUGUGUUUCAAUCUUUGCGAGAUCCUGAUGGCAAUCAGUAUCAUCCGUACGAAUAUAGCCUUCAACAAUCAGCGGAUGGAAACGUGUUGUUAGUGCCAAGGAAUCAAACGAAUCCUCAUCAUCCGCGUUCUACAACGAUGGAACCGAAGACGAAACCCAACCCAGAACACAAGGAAUGAAAUUAUCAGGAGAUCGCGUUUAAAAUAAAAUUUUCUUCGUACGCUCAAGGUACUUAAAGUGUUACGAAAACGCGGUGCUAAGAACGAAAAUUACUUAGGAUUAUUAAAUACGAUAAUAUAAGAACGGUUUGUGUUGGAAGAAUUUUCAUUGCUUAACAAAUUGGUAUGUCUGUACGUCAUAUUUACUAACGACAUCUUUACAAAACUAUUUUAAAAAGCUCACAUUGAGUUAUGUCUUUCUCUACAACUGGAAAAUAAUCACCAAACGUAUAAACACCGAUUGUACAUAUAGUAAUACGAAACGAUUAGAUAAUGUCUAGAAAUAGAUAAACGAUAGUCAACGCUUUACAAAUCUACGUUACGUUUAAACGAAAAAGUUUUUUUUUUUUUUUUUCAUUUAUUAUUUCAGUCGACGAUAUAGUAGACACGCAAUAUUUCUUGAGAGAGUACGAAAAAGAAAAAAAUUAUCAUGUAGUAUACGUUCGAAAUAACACCUUUUUUUAUAUUAAAAUUCAUCAAAAUAUUAUUUAAUAAUUGUAAUUAAAAUAAUUUUCCUUUUUUUUAUUAUUA